AUGUUUGGUUUCCUUUGGAAAAUCUUUUUUUGCCUUCCAGCUCUGGGAAUUAAAGGCGACCUUCAAAUAGUUACAGCAGAAGGUUAUUCAGCUACAAAAGCAGGACAGGCUAAAGAUGUUCCACCAGCCCUUCAGCUCAGUGACUGGCAUUUGGCAAACCCUUCUCUGCCUCCGGAGUUGAAAAAGCUUAAUGGCAUCAUGGAGGCUGAACAGGUCAACAAGCAUUUGCUGUUAAGAAGGAAGCGAUCCAUUCUGUUUCCCAGUGGAGUUAAGAUCUGCCCUGAUGAAUCUAUUGAGCAGGCUAUUGCCAACCAUCUGAAAUAUUUCAGGCUCAGAGUGUGUCAGGAAACAGUCUGGGAGGUGUUCAAGACGUUCUGGGAUAGACUGCCAGAGCGUGAAGAAUACCACACCUGGAUGAGCCUGUGUGAGGAAGGAACGAUGAGUAUAUUUGAAAUGGGCAUGAACUUCAGUCAGUCUGAGGAGCACCGAAGUCUGAUUGUGAAGAAAAUGUCCUAUACAAAGGAAAAAAUGGGCAGCUUCUGCACUGACUGGUCAUGUGGGCAAGGGGGUCCAGGGUCCUACUCAUGCAGUGGGACACCAACUCCAGCUUCGGAUGCUGAUGUUACUACACUGAGAGAUGCAGCUGCCAAUGUUUCUCCCCCUCAUGAGAUCUCUGUUGGAAGUCUUGUGGCUGGUGCCAUUCGUGAGAUCAAAGAUGCAGACGCCAAUAUCAGUAAUGAGAUAAAGAAGCAGGAUGAGAAGCUAGUGAGACCUGUAACUGAGCAGAUGAUUGAGUUCAGCAUUGUGAUUUUUGGUGAGACGUACAUUGAGGAGCUGAAGGAUCCAACUGCCUUGAGGCGUCAGCUGCUCUCUGAACAAAUCAUUUCACAGAUUGAAAGUGUAUUUGAAGGACUACCUGGAUACAAAACCAUCCGUAUCUUGGAUUACAGCUUUCCUGAGGAGGACAGUGGGGUGGAAGUUCACUUUGCUGUUACUUUUGAUGGAAAAGCCGUCAGCAACGCCACCUGGGACCUGAUGAACCUUCAUUCCAACAAGGUGGAGGAUAACUCCUUUAUGGACAUAGAGGAUAAUCCAACAGUUGUGUACACCAUCAGUGAUUUCCAAGAUUAUAUUGCUGACAUCCUCCAGAAAAAUGCCUUGCUUGGAAACACUUCCUUGUCUUUAGACCCUAACUCUCUCCAGCUUACUAAUGUGAAAGAAAUACUACACCCUAUACCAGAAGACCCAUCCUGGAUUACUGAGAAUUCAGUUGUGCCGGAGAGCCCAGAGUUCGAUGACAGCACCUUUUUAGCUGAACGCCCUUCAGCAGAUGAAUCAACUGUCAGCAAUACCUUGCCCUUUGAUUUCACCAAACCAGAUUCCACUUCAGAUAGUGAACAGUCCAAUGGCAUUGAAAUCCGGCCAAGACCAGGAAAUUUGAACUCUGAAGCAAGUUUGGCACCGGAAGCUCUGCUCUCCUCAGAGACUGACAUCACUUCUUUGCCUGAUGGGCUGAAUUUAGAGGAUGCAAAUCCAGCUCUUCAUUUGGUCACUGCACCAGGGUUAGGGCAUGAUUCUGUGGACUCUCUGGAAUGGCUUUCAGCCUCCAGUUCUUUAGAUGAUACUAGUCUAUCUGAAAACCAUUUGCCUUUGAGUCCUCUUCACUUCGUGCCUGAAGAACCUCCAUCUACAGAUGAUUAUGCAGUUCCUCUGCUUUUUGCACCAACAGUGGCCUCUUCCUCAGUAAUAGAGACUGGUAUUAAAGAAACAGAAUCUGCUGAGAAGGAAGAAGUAACUCAGGAUAGUCCUGCAGGCAGUAACAAUGCAGACUCUGUGUUGCACGAGUCUGUGGAAGAAAUUCCUUUUCCCUUAGAAUACCGCCCUAUGGAAGAGGGACUAUAUCUUGGAGACAGAGUUAUAUAUGAUGAUGGGUCUGGUUCAGCUUUUGAUGGUUCAGGAAAAGAAAUGGAAUCAAGUAUUUGGCCUUGGGAAGAUGCAACACUGGAACCAGUUUUCUACCCUGGUGCUGACAACUGGCUUGAAGAUGACAAUGAGUCUUUGCUAAUUAGAACUGAUGAUAUUCCUGAAGGCGUGAUCUUGGACUAUAUUCUUAACUCUAAGAAUAAAUUAGAAAACAGUCGUUCCAAAGAGGAGAAUGAAGGUAUGGCCAAUCUAAAUGAAGAUUUCCUUGAUGAAUCUGAAAUAUUUGUCUUUCCAGAGACUACAACUCAGCAGGUACCUCAGUUACAGACAGAAGAGCCAUCACCGGUGGAACCAUCUACACAGACACAAACACUGAGCAAGUACAUUUCUUUUGCUACACCGUCCUUGGUUUUGGAGCCUUCAGUGGACAAUUCCUUUGUAGACAUGCCAACUGGAGAGGCCCCUGUUUCACCACACAAUACUGGUCUUUCUGUGGAAUAUACUCUCAUUGCAUCUAGAGGGACUGUCAGUAUGGAGCAGCCCGAAGAGUCCAGUAUAGGUCAGAACAUCAUUUUUGAAGCAGCUGAGCACCAAAAUGAAGAUAGGACAAUGACAGAAGAACUACUCACAGUGGAGCAAUCAAAUAUAACUGAAGCUGCUACAAUAGGCCGCUGGGACACAAGCUCCUCAGAAACUAUUCUGACUGCAACUUUUUCCAUGGUAAACCCUGAUGCUUCCACCAUCAACCCUGAUGUUUCCAUGGAAGACACUGAUGCUUCCACAGAAAAGCAGCAAACCCUAGAUUUAUCACUGGCAGGCCAAGACACUACUGAGUCAGCAGUGAAGAAACCUGUUGAUGUUUGGCCUACUGACAGAGAAAUAGAAAACUCAUUAGGUCAGACAGUACAUUCAGCAAUGCCACCUGUCACUCAAGCUGUGCCUGCAGUUCCUUCUGUAAUAGAUCAGACCCCUGUGCUAGAGGGCUUUGCUGGACAGGGUGGCACAGACCACAGUGCAGAUGUUCCCAUGGGCUUCAGCACUGUUAUGAACUCUUAUGUAACAGUGAGUGCAACAAGCAGCACUGUUGAGCUUCCCUCCCAUUUCCCUGCUGUGGGAUCCACAGUGUCAUCAUCUGUGGCUACCUCAACAAAGCUGGGAGAUGAAACUGCAAAAGUCCUGGAUGUUUCAGUGGACCUGGAUCAUGUGAGCCCUGUCCACUUUUCUCCUGAGUUGACUGAGGAGGAAAGGAGCAUGACCAAAAGUCAUGUGGAGCUAACGACUCAUGUUCAGUCCACAGAGAUGGCCAGUGUGGCUUGGGCCACACGUGAAAAGGGCUAUAUUACUCCUGUCCCCUCAAGAGCUCUAGUGGUGUUUUUCAGUCUUCGGGUUACCAACAUGAUAUUCUCAGAGGACCUGUUCAAUAAAAACUCCCCUGAAUAUAAAGCGUUGGAGCAGCGAUUCUUGGAACUGCUGGUGCCCUACCUCCAGUCGAAUCUGACAGGCUUCCAGAAUCUGGAAAUCCUCAACUUCAGAAAUGGCAGCAUUGUGGUGAACAGUCGAAUGAAAUUUGCCAAACCUGUGCCUCGGAAUGUCACCAAUGCUGUGUACAUGAUCCUGGAAGACUUUUGCAACACUGCGUAUCACACCAUGAAUCUGGCCAUUGAUAAAUACUCCCUGGAUGUGGAAUCAGGUGAACAAGCUGAUCCCUGCAAGUUCCAGGCCUGCAAUGAGUUCUCUGAAUGCUUAGUAAAUCGCUGGAGUGGGGAAGCCGAGUGUGUCUGCAAUCCUGGCUACCUAAGCAUUGAUGGGCUGCCAUGCAACAGCAUUUGUGACCUGCAACCAAACUUCUGCCUGAAUGAUGGGAAGUGUGACAUAAGCCCUGGGCAAGGGGCCAUCUGCAGGUGUCGUGUGGGAGAGAACUGGUGGUACAGAGGGGAGCACUGUGAAGAAUAUGUGUCAGAGCCACUGGUUGUGGGUAUUGCAAUUGCUUCUGUAGCAGGAUUCCUUCUUGUGGCAUCUGCUGUCAUCUUCUUCUUGGCCAGGACCCUUCGAGACCAGUACACAAAGAGUGACACUGAGGACUCACAGGGGCAGGGUGACAGCCUCUCGUCUGUUGAGAAUGCAGUUAAAUACAACCCCAUGUACGAAAGUGACACAACUGGCUACAGCCAUUAUUACCGGAGAUACCCACAACUAACAUCCUACAGCUCCACCAGUGCAGAGACAUCCACAGACUACAGCAGUGAAGAGAUCAGGCACAUUUAUGAAAACAGUGAGCUUACUAAGGAGGAAAUUCAGGACAGAAUUCGAAUUAUAGAGCUCUACGCUAAAGACCGUCAGUUUGCAGAGUUUGUCAGGCAGCAUCAGAUGAAGCUGCUUUAAGAAAAAAGAAAUCAGUAGAAUACAUGUGGAAGAUAAAGACUACCUUGUUGCCAUAGCAAUGGGCUCAGAUGUUACUGCGAAGUUACUUAUAGUCUUAACAUUGCAGGGAUGAUACAGAUGUUUUUUUUGCAUGAAUGGCUAAAGUGUACAGAUACCUAUCUCAAUUAUUUCUGGCUUUUCUGUAAAGUGACAUUUUUAAGACGUGAUCAGAAGUGGUAGAGGUUAUGAAAGUUCAUUUUCCUUUAACUCUGAAAUGGACAGCAAAAGUUUGUAUACCAAGGCAAAAAAAAUCUCAUCACGUAACAGAAGAUACAGGUGCUACCAAAAUAAAAUGCAUAUUUAAAAUCCCUCUUUGGCAUUUACCCCCUCACUGGAGGCUUUCACAGGUAUCCAGGUAUGUAGCAAUUUCACAUGUAUCCAGCACUAGUGGAAGAAAUACUUUGUGAAUGAUUUGUGAGCGUGAUUGUGCUAGAAUUAUGUUAGCAUUAUUUUAAAGCAUUCCCAUUAUAAAAAUGCAACCAUAACCUCACCAGAGAAGUUCUUUUCUACAGAUGCCUGAGGUACAUUUUGUCACUAGCAUUAGCAAAGCAGAGUGCAGCAAGGAGCCUACAAGCUUCUUGAAGGCUCUGACAAGCAUCACCCUGCCUGCCAGUGACCCCAUGGGGCACCCCAGCAAGGGAGCGCAGUACUGCUGCAGCACAGAACCCUGUUUUGAAAGCCAGGGCAGUUGAUUCUCCAGCUGUUCAUGGCAGACACACAAGUUGGGGCAUAGAGGGCUUCUAUCAAAAAAAUGCUCUGUGAAGCUUAAGUGACUAACACUGACCUUUUUUAUGUAGAGAAUUUGUUUGAUAUUUUAAGUUAAUACACAUUAUUAUUUGUUGUGUGUUUCCCUAUCCUCAUGUUCAUAAUGGAUUUAAUUGUUUAUAUAGAAAGAUGAAUAGUUUAAUGAUAAAAUUUGUGCCCUCUUUGCCCAUCCUUUAAAAAAAAAAAGUUAGUUUUGACUCAGUGUUCAAUUCAGCCAACUGAUUUUUGAAUUUUCUUUACUGAACUGGGCAAUACACUGCCAUGAGCUGUGUUUCAAAAUCAGGCUGUACCACUGAAAUGUAUGUAUAUUUGGUAGAUGGCAGAAAUUUUUAUGGGGAAGGGAAAAAAAUGACAGUAUUCUUGGCUUAGUGGAAGUCAGAGUAGAAUUCCUUAAACCAAAAAAGCCUGAAGCAUUUUAAAAUAGCUGAAUUGAGAUGGGGACCUCUGAGGUACAGAAAGGGAGUUUUAUCUUCAAAUUACAAAGCAAGCUCUGACCACCUGUUAAGGUGGGCUCUGUUCAGUCACCCGGUGUCUCUUGUUUAAGGCAUUCACGUGGCUGUCAAAGGUUAGAACACUCAUAGCCUCACAUUAGCUUUUGAUAGCAAACAAGGCCAAGUUGUUUGUUCUUUCUGCAGUCUAGUUCUUGGCCCACAUGUGCCAACAGUCACCUGAUACUUUUAGAGUUAAGUGACAGUGAGAAUUAAUUACUUGUCUGUAGGCAGCUUAGCUAAACAAGUGAAUGUUUCAAAGCAGUUCUACAUCUUCUGGAAAACCUCACUGCAUCACUUGUGUAGUAUCUUCUUGCCUUGAGUGGCAGGGAAUGGGUAUUUGAGUCAAACAUCUGAAAGAAAUGCUUACAUAAACCACUUCAAACCCAAAUAACGUGACACAGCAGGCAAUAAUAUGUGCUGACUAUCACCAUUGUGACCAGAGCCCCCAUUCUGCUGGGUCACCCAAGGACUCUCAGAGCAGCUGGUCCAGAGUUUCUGAGGCACAGUCCACUGCCUCCUGGCCCUGCAGCAGCACUGCUAAGCCAUCCUGGAGCACUGGGGACUGUGAUUAUGGUAACUGUACAACACAGGGAAGAACUGGGCCCAGGGUAGGCAGCAACUUGUGACUUGUCUCUGUGCAGCACGGCUGCCAGCCCUGGGAGCUUUGGUGCUGCUCCUGCUAAGCACAGUGGUGGAUGGUGGCUGGUAUCAGACAUGUUUUAAAGGUAUUGUAGUAUCUGCUGUGCACAAGCUGAGAAGGGUCUUGGUGACACUGAGUAUGAGGUAUUUCA